UGGGAGCGGAGACCCAGGCAGGCUUCGUUGGCGAUUACAUUUCUAGGUUCUUUUUAGAGCGAAAGCUUCCCCCCCCAACCCCCCACGCACCCACCUCCUCCUUCUCCAUCUCCUUCCCCUUCUCCGGAGCGAGCGAGUGCUCUUCCAGCGGUUUGCAGUUUUCAGUUCUCAUGGAGCAGUUCUGGGCAAGCUAGCCGAUGGGACUCUCGGCCACACCAGGAGGAUGGGAUUUAUUUUAAGGUAUUUCCUCUGAUUGUUCAUACCUAGGGUGAGUUAUGGCUGUGGGAGACAGAGGUCAGGCAAGGAGACCCUGGAUCAUGCACAGGACCCUCACCCUCCCUCUGUCUUCCUUUGUUUCUGUUUUAGAACUGAAAGCAUUUGAAAGAUUCCCAGUAGCUCCUCAGACUCUGAGUUUAAUUCCCUGGAAAGUAUUGUGGGAUGUAAAGAAGAGGGCACUUGGGGGCUACAAGAUGGGCCUAGUAGUCUCUAGUUUUGGGGUUGCUUUGUCCCACUGCAACCUGAAGGGCUGAAGUCCCAGGAGCUAAGCUCCAGACGGAGGUAGGGUUCUCUCAGGCAGCAGAGGUGGCUGGAAGCUCUGGUUAGGAGAGGUGGCCAGCAAGAAGCUAGAAGGGCCAGACCUUAUGACAAAGGUGUGGGCCAGUAGCUGAGAAAGGGGGUCUCUCUCCAUUUGGCCAGUGUUUGCUGAGCAGGGUGAAGGGUUAGGGCUGACCUGAGCAGCCUGAGCAAAUGUAAGAGGAAAAUCAAUGAGGAGAAUGUGCAGACACACUGCCAUUUUACUGAUGAUGCUUCCAGCCACUUUGUUCAGUGCUGGGUUGGGGGGGGGGGGAGGCAGAGUUCCCAAUGCCGGACCCAGUGAGUCCAACCUGGAGGGCAUGCCAUUGUUUCCAGAGCAAUAGCUGCCUGGGAGGGAUGGAGAGAGAGAAGCCUGGGGUGCUGGGGAGCAUGCCAGCUGCCCGGAGGUCUGGUCGGUGUGAUUUGCAGAAGGGGGUCUGGGGCUUAGUUUGAGCUCCCACCAGUGUUUUUGGGUUGGGUGCUUUCUGUACACCCUAAGCCAGCCUGGAGAGUUAAAGAACUGGCCUAUGUGCCCAAGAUUGGAGGGAAUUCUGUAGCUGUAGUCCUUAGCAAGCAGAGACAACAUUUCUCUGGCUUUAUAUCCCCUGAAAGGGAGCUAUUGCCUGUAUGGAGGGAGAUUAGUUAAACUGCUCCGCUCCAAAAUAUUGGCCAGGCUGGGGCUAAUUGGGCUUUGGGGACCUUCUGCUCCUGGGAAGAGUGAAAGUCUUUGGAAAGGUGAAAGAAAUUAGUCUUUACUUUGCUCCUUGAAGCAGAUAAAGAGAUCCCUGUGAGGAGUUAGGAAUCAAAUUUGCCUUCUUUAGUUAAAAAAAAAUAUUCAUAUUCCUUUAUUUAAAAAAUUCAAACCAGGCUUCUCCGACUUGAGUGAGAUUUACUUCCCCAGGCAGGGUGGAUUCUGCCCUCCCUCGUGCAGACCUCGGUGGUAACUGUGCUUAACUGAGGCUGUUUGAGUGCUCUAAAACACCCCUUGGAAAUAAAAUGUAAGCUUUAAUUGCUGUUCAAUUACUUGUCAGCAUUUCAUAUGAUUUAUGACCCAGUUCUGGUGCAUUUUUGACCCAGUUAAAGACUCAUAAAUAAUAUAGUUUCACUAGAAAGAAGGAGAAAUGGAGUAAAGGUUUGUUAGAGGCAUCUUUUUAUUGUGGCUUCAGUGCCGACAAGAGAAUAAAUAUCUAACAACAGACUCUCCAGCCUGGUUCUGUAUAAAAAGCAUGCACAGUAAGAAGCCAAUAACUGCUUUCAUAGAGCACAGUUGGCUUUUUCUCUCCCCUCCCAGGAAAGAGCUAAAGCCACCCAGGUUAUGGCCAAACGAUUAGCUAUUAGAAAGACUGGUCCCCUGGACUCUCAAAGUUCCAUCCUCAUCUUCAUAGGCCAGCAUAUUUCCUCAAUACCUUCCCUCCCCAUCUUUGGAUUUUAACGAUACUUCUUGCCAAAAGUUACUCCUCACCUUCCUCCCUGGCUUGCACAGAGAGUCUUGGAGCGGUGAGCCCCCUCAGAGAUGGGCAGGACACCCCUUGAAUGGCAGAAAGGUUCCAUCAGGCACCCCGUUGCUACAAGUACUCUUCUGUGCCUUAGAAAACGCUUCUUCUGGUCACUCUGGAAAUCACGGGACUUAGAAAAGAUGGGGAAGCCCACGGAUGCUGAGCAAAGAAAAGCUUGGUGGUUUGGGAGAGGCUGUGGAACUGCGGGAUUCGCCUGGAAAGCGGCAGUGAGCAAUUUCUAGAAAUGGAUAUCAAAUAGCAGCGAAUCUUCGAUCACAACCCAGUAACAAGCCAACAAAACCUUGCUAUUAUAAAUUAUUAAUUUUAACAAUCUCGCCUAUGCUUGCUUCAAAGCCAGCCUUUUGGAUUUCAGAUGAGCCGCGGGUACCCGCAAUCUAUGUGCCAGGACGCCAGACCCGCUUAUUGAAAUCAGAGCUCUAUUUUGCCGGCUGGGACCCACCGCCCAGAGCCACCUAGGUGCUAGUCGAGGGCGCACGGAGCUGAGCUCUCCCGCGGCUCCUGCACUUCCUUCGGUCCGGCCUGGUCUUGGCACUCGGGCUGCUUGAUUUGGUGGUGCAAGAAAGGUAUGCGUUGCAUACGCCCUAGCCCUUUGCUCCAACGCUCUCAGCCCCCUUGGCUCAGACAGUCCACUCCUAGGUCUGGUUCUCACGGCCUUCCCUGCAGCUGGCUUAGCUGAGAAGGCGGUGAGAGUCGCGUCAGCAGUUUGGAGGAGAAAGUGCGGGUUGAUUAUUGACCCACGCCUUCUUUCUUCAAAUGCCACAUCCGACCCUGAGGGUUUGAAGAGAAAAAGCGGCCGAGCGGAUUUUGCGGCCGGCUCUCACCUCCUACACGUCCCGGGCUCUUCCCUUUCAAGUUGCGCCGCUGCAAUCUGCCAUAAGGAGCAAGUGUUUGCUGUUUUGUGCUCUGUUUACAGCUUUGGGGAGCCGAGUCAUAAAUCUUGCCCAGCCAUAAAUGACAAAAACCAUUGGUAUGCAUGAGGCCACCCUGGCCCGGAGUGCUUUUUUGAUUUCUCCCUUUCCCCCCUGGCUUUGUUUUUGCUCUAAGGUGACACUUUGGCUCCCUGACAGUUUAAACAUACUACUUAUAUUUUUAACACCUUCCUUUGAGAGGGACCCUCGUUGACGCCUCGGAAUUGCACGAAAGCUCCUUUUCUCUCUUCUCCGCCCCCCCCCCCCCCCGUGCUUUGGAGGAGUUUGUUUCUGAAGCUGGGAAGCUGAACGGGGCAUUGGGAACGACCCCAUCCUCUUUAACGUUGUGGCAUAUUACCAAGCAAAUGUAGGCUUUUCCUCAACCAAGCAAAAGGAAGGCCAUUCAACUAAUUAGAGGGUGAAAUAUCCCGGAUGUCCAUUUGUGUUGGUUCCUUAGCUAUCUUCCUCAUGGACUACCUGCUUCCGUGCCCGCCGGUACUGUGCAAUGGGUACACAAGAGGUGGAGACUUAAGUUUCUGAAUAUCUUUGUGUGUGCCUGAGCCCACAAAGGUUCAUUUUACUGUAGGGACAGUUGUCCAUCUCCCUGGGAUACUUCCUUCCGUUAAGCCUAGAAAUUUAACCAAAGGCAGUUGAAUUGCAUUUGGGAGGUGUCUGGAAAUAGGCCCUACACCACAGGGACUGGCUUUAGGGUGUCUGUAUUGGGAGCGGCAGGUGAAGAAAACUGCCCAAAGUCAGGGCAACUCAUUUCUUCUUCUCUUCUUUCCCCACCCCCCACCCCAUGAAAAUGUCCAUGGCAGGGAAUUGCGUGGUUUCUCAGACAGAUUCUUAAAAAAUAGAACCCCACAAGAGAGCCCCUUUGUGAAAGCCGUUUGUCCUCAUUAGCAUAAUUUUCCUGGACUUUAGUGACGCCUAGGAAGGAGAGGGAGGGCGUGGGGUGGGGGAGGCCGCCCUCCUCCCGCUGCCGCGGAGCUCGCUCUGCUCCUGUUCCUCCCCUCGCCUCAGCCCCAUCCCCCCACGCCGGCGCUUCCCUAGCCGCUCUGCUCUCCCCUCCCGCCCGCCCCGGCACCCCUUACCGCACCCCCCGACCGACCCCUGCUCGGCGCAGUAUUCAUAAGAAACAUACCCAAGUCGGUGCCACUAGCCCCGCGGAGCCCGGCCGCGCCAGCGCUUAUCUGGGGCCGCGGCCGCGGGUAGGGCGGGGGCGGGCGUGGGGGAGGGGAGGGGAGGGGAGGGGGUCCAGCCGCCCCAGUCCGCCGGGGGCCAGCCGCCGGAGCAGCCAGCGGUCCGGCUCUCCGCCGAGUCCCGGCCUUGGGGUCUCCCGCCCGCACGCCCGCACGCCCGCACGCCCGCACGCCCGCCCGCACGCCGGCUCGGCGGAUGCUGAGGGUCGGUGGCAUCCCGCGCCGAGGGGACCCGGGGCCGCAGCCUGAGCCCGAGCCCGCGGCGGCCGUCAGAAGUUAAGGUUUGCGCGCGGCGGCCAUUGGCGGCGGAGUGUCACGUGACCGCGGGGGCGUGCCAAUGUGCUCCCUUACGGGUGUCAAGCCCUUGUCAGAGAGUGUGAUCACGAUCGUGAAACAUCGCGAUGCAAAAAGCGACCUACUACGACAGCUCAGCGAUCUACGGUGGCUACCCCUACCAAGCAGCCAAUGGGUUCGCUUACAAUGCCAGUCAGCAGCCAUACGCGCCGUCCGCCGCUCUGGGCACCGAUGGCGUUGAGUACCAUCGACCUGCCUGCUCCCUCCAGUCUCCCGCCAGCGCUGGGGGCCACCCCAAAACUCAUGAGCUGAGCGAAGCUUGUCUGCGCACCCUGAGCGGCCCUCCUAGUCAGCCCCCAGGCCUGGGUGAACCACCUUUGCCUCCACCUCCUCCCCAGGCAGCGCCCCCAGCGCCCCAGCCUCCACAGCCCCCACCACAGCCCCCUGCGCCCACCCCUGCAGCUCCUCCGCCUCCCUCGUCUGUCUCUCCCCCUCAAAGUGCCAACAGCAACCCUACCCCUGCCAGCACAGCCAAGAGCCCCCUGCUCAACUCUCCCACCGUGGGCAAACAAAUCUUUCCCUGGAUGAAAGAGUCAAGGCAGAACACUAAGCAGAAAACCAGCGGCUCCAGCUCAGGGGAGAGCUGCGCUGGUGACAAGAGCCCGCCUGGGCAGGCCUCGUCCAAGCGCGCGCGCACGGCGUACACGAGCGCGCAGCUGGUAGAGCUGGAGAAGGAGUUCCACUUCAACCGCUACCUAUGCCGGCCGCGCCGGGUGGAGAUGGCCAACCUGCUGAACCUCACCGAGCGCCAGAUCAAGAUCUGGUUCCAGAACCGCCGCAUGAAGUACAAGAAAGACCAGAAGGGCAAAGGCAUGCUGACCUCGUCUGGGGGCCAGUCCCCAAGUCGGAGCCCUGUGCCUCCCGGUGCAGGAGGCUAUCUGAAUUCUAUGCAUUCGCUGGUCAACAGUGUCCCAUAUGAGCCCCAGUCACCCCCUCCUUUCUCCAAGCCUCCCCAAGGCGCCUAUGGGUUGCCUCCGGCCUCCUACCCUGCUCCCCUGCCCAGCUGCGCUCCCCCACCUCCCCCACAGAAACGCUACACAGCGGCGGGGUCAGGCGCAGGGGGCACCCCUGACUACGACCCGCAUGCUCACGGCCUGCAGGGCAAUGGCAGCUAUGGGACCCCACACUUACAGGGAAGCCCCGUCUUCGUAGGGGGCAGCUAUGUGGAGCCCAUGAGCAACUCUGGGCCACUCUUUGGCCUAACUCACCUCCCCCACACCACCUCGGCUGCCAUGGACUACGGGGGCACUGGGCCGCUGGGCAGCGGACACCACCAUGGGCCGGGGCCUGGGGAGCCACACCCCACCUACACGGACCUUACUGCCCACCAUCCUUCUCAGGGAAGAAUUCAGGAAGCGCCCAAGCUCACCCACCUGUGAUGAUGGGCCCAGGGCUGUGAGCCAGGAGAGUUGCCCACCCGACCUUCUUUGGUUACUUUUUCCUUUUUUUGUUUUGUUCUAUGUUCUUGCCUUUCCCUUUUCUCCUCUGCACCCCUCCCUCAUUUUGUUUUCUUUGGUAAUGCGUUUUUAUAGUUUAUGUGACGUAGCAAUCUUGGUUGCUGGAAAGGCUGUCAGUAUCAGUAGCAACAUUUACCACCACCCCUCCUCGCCCUGGCCUCUGGCCCUGCAUCCUUUUCCUUCUCUACUCUUUGAUAAGAAACAGGGUAUAUGAACAAACUUUCUAGUCGAGUUUUCAAUGUGAAUUUGUUCAUACUUUAUGGCUCCCGAGAGGAAGCAACUGCGUUUUUUUUUUUUAAGUUUUAGUUUUUAAAAUUGCACUUCUUGUACUGAUCGAGAAAAAGAAAUCAAAGGCGCUUUGAAACAGGGACUCCCUGUGCAAAGAUGACUACGUGUACGUCUUUCCGUGUGUGUGUGCUUGUGAACAGUCAGAUUUAUUUAUAUUUUUUGCAAGCAUUGAAUAGUCUAAGUUUUAAAUAUUAUUUAUCCCCAUCCGUUCGUAUUUAUAUUAAAGAAAUUCUGUACCCUGAUUGUUCAGAAGGUUUCUUGAGCCUUUUGUUCAAUGGUGUAUUGGCAUACAUAUAAAAUUUAUUUGAAAGGGAAAUAAAAUUCCUUUAUUAAAAACCGUAGCAAUGCAAUAAGAACAGAGAGGACCCAGAGUUUGAAAAUAGUGGUUUAGGUUUGUAACAUCUGGCCAAACUGAACGCUAAAAAUGCUAGAUUUGUUUUGAGAGUUUUACAUUCCUUGCUGCUCACAUUCUGAGAAACAAAACAAAAAAAAUAAAGUUUUUAUUCUGAUUAC